AUGCCGUCGGCUCUCUUUGACAUGCCGUGGUGGCAGGCAUUCUUGAACUCCACCCUCAGCCUCAAUCAAAGCAACAGCAGCUUGUUCCUGCUAGACGCCCCCUGCUGGCAUUCAGGAGGCAUGACGCUUAUGAUAGUGCUUUUCUACUGUCUGGUGCUAAUUCUAGGGUUGCUUGGUAACAUCCUCCUCAUUUGCAUCAUUACGCACCAGAGGGAGCCUCCUAAUGUCACCAGCAUCCUCAUCGCCAACCUCUCAGCUUCCGACAUCCUGGUGUGCGUGUUCUGCCUUCCGUUUACUGUGGUCUACACAUUUAUGGAUCAGUGGAUAUUUGGCGCCCUGCUAUGUCGCCUAAUGCCGUUUGUGCAGUGUGUGUCGGUGACCGUUUCGGUUCUGUCUUUGGUUCUGAUCGCUGUCGAAAGGCACCAGCUCAUCCUGCAUCCAUCCGGCUGGAAGCCGAGCGCUCCGCAGGCGUAUGUGGCCGUCCUGACUGUGUGGUUGUUGGCCUGCGUGACGGCAUUUCCUUUUCUGGCAUACAACAGCCUGCUUCUUGCUCCAUUCCGCCACCUGCAGGUCUGUCUGGAAGUUUGGCCCUCUCAGCAGCACAAACUGCUCUACACCACUGGCAUGCUACUGUUCCAAUACUGUUGCCCCCUGCUUCUCAUUCUACUCUGCUACUUGCGCAUCUUCCUGCGACUGCGACGCAGGCAACGCAUGCUGGAGCGCCAGUGCAGCCGCAAUCGCUGUGACGAACAAAGGCGUGUUAUGCACAGCAAACGUGUAAACAUCAUGCUUGUCUCCCUGGUGGCUGCUUUUGCUGUGUGCUGGCUGCCGUUAAACGCCUUCAACGCGGUGGCCGACUGGCAUCAGGAUGCACUUCCUGUGUGCCAUCACAACCUGCUGUUUUCACUCUGCCACAUACUGGCCAUGAGCUCCACCUGCAUCAACCCCAUCGUCUAUGGUUUUCUCAACAGCAACUUCCGGAAGGACGUAGCCUCGGUGGUGCUGCACUGCCAUUGCCAACCCCACGAGGACAGCUAUGAACACUUUCCGAUGUCUACGAUAAACACAGAUGUCUCACGGACAUCUCUUAGACUAAGCUAUAGAAAUAAUUCUGCGUAAGAGGGUUGAUGUUGAUGUAUCGAAUGAACACUGAACAGUUGUAAAUAUGUUUUGUUGGUGAUGCUGCUUGAAACAUGUGCUUUAAAGGAACAGUUCAAUCAAACAUGAAAAUUCUGUCAUUGUUUACUUACCCUCAAGUUGUUCCAAAUCUGUGUCAAUUAAUUUGUUCUGAUGAACACAGGGAACGAUAUUUGGAAGAAUGCUUGUAACCAAACAGUUCUUGGCCACCACUGACCACCAUAGUAGUUAAAAUGACAAUGGUAGUCAAAAGUGCCCCAGAACUAUUUGCUUUCCUACAUUCUUCAAAAUAUCUUCUUAUGUGUUCAACAUAACCUAUAUUUAUACACAUAUAUAUAAACAGAUGGCAUAUACUGUACAUGUUUGGAAAUAGUUGAGGGUGAGUGAAUGAUGACAGAAUUUUUGGGGUGAAUUGUCCCUUUAAGACAGAUGCCAGCCCAACACACUCUUGUUCAUGGAUAGAACGAAUACAUGGAGUCGAAUAAUACACAGUGAUAAUGAAUCUUUUAGAGUUGACGGCAAAACUAUUUUAGAAAGCAGAAUAGAAAUCUGUUUUCUUUUCUGAUGCAGUUUUUUCAGUCAUAUACAAUGAGAAGUUGAGAACUACAACAGAUGAAUUAAUGGAAAGGAAACACAUUGAAUGUGAAUUCAAGUUUGGAGGUACUGACUGUGUACAAAAUUUACAAACGCCUUUGAAACUGCAGCUAGCGAGUCAUACCGCUAACCCUAAUGCAAGCUAAAAUCUAAAUCAGCUUAUAUUGUCAAUCUGUAAAAGAAAAACGGCCAUAAUAUCAUGUUUUGAGCACUUCAUUCUGAUGUGACUCGUUGUUCUAUGACAAAGGAGAACAUUGAAGGAUUUGGAACAAGAUAAAUAAAUUUCUAAUACUUUUCUAAAACUAAUAUCGUUUCAAAUUUGUUGUUGGGCCAUAUAACUCAUUGGACUGUCACAAGACACCAUGACUGAUGAGAGUAAUACUGUUGUAUGAUACGGAAAUAGGUUCUGGUACAAUGCAUCAAUUUAUUUUGACAUGUUUUCCCAAUGUUAGGACCAACUGCACUUCAAUAUGACAUUCACAUUACAAAGUGUUAAGAAACAUUUUUUAGACAGAAUAUUGAAAAUUACUCUUUUUUUGUUUUAGAUGAUUGCGGUUUUGAUGCUCAUAAUGCCAUUUAAUAAACAUCACUGCUGUAUGUGUAAACACAACAACAAUAUUAUCUUAAUGCAGUCAAGGCAAUGCAUUUUAUUGUUGAAACCUCUUAUAAUGGAUAUAAUGCUUGAAUUGAAUAACUGUCCAUGUGUCAUGUAUUAAAUAUUGAUUGGU